UUUAUAAGACCGAUCACGACGACGCGACGACGUUUCAGUCGUUGUCCAACUCUGGUCAAAUAUCGUUCGACGACGAUCGAGAGAGCGUCGCGAGUUUCCAAAGAAGUUGCACGAGCAUCCAGGCUUCCUAUCGACCAUGAGGUCGGUCGUUUUCGUGGCGUUCAUCGUCGCGUGCACGCUCGCGUUCCUCGCGGAGGAUGCGCGCGCCGAGUUGUCGAGCACGACCACGGUCGCCCCCAAGCAGGUCAAGGAUCUGAAGGAGAUCAAGGAGACCGCUACAGCCUCCAAGGACCUCAAGGACGUCAUAAAAGCGGGCAAGGAGGCUCAGAAGAACAAGAAGGACUGCUUGAAGAAGUGUGGUACCGAUUACGAUCCGAUCUGCGUGCACGACCCCAACGACCCUAACUACAAACCUAGAACUUUUGGCUCUCAGUGUGCUCUGGACUUCCACAACUGCGAAAUGGGAACGAAACUCGCGGUGAAGGACAAGGGCGAGUGUUCUGGAUCCAGCGGCGUGAAAUUGGCCGGCUAAGGAACGACCCCGGUGAACCGUUUCUGCUUCGCCUGCCCGCUUCUUUCGUCGCGUCCACGCUCGGAAGAAGACUCCCAAGGCGACCGACCGUUGGACUCGUUUUCCGACUCGCACGGUCGUGACAGGACCUUCGAGAUAACCCUUCCGGGGCUCGCCGUCCAUGUAAACCAGCUUUAACUUUGGCUUUAGCUUUAGCUGAAAUAAAAACUCCAACUGGGAAAAAGA